CUCGUUAUAAUAAGUUGGGGUGGGGGUCCAGGUCCAACCUGGUCGUAGAUAGAUGUACCUAAUCAAGCGUCUGGUCCAGAUAUAUCAGUGUGUUUUGUAAAAAGAGAUGAUAAAACUAUAGUUAAAUCUGAAUUUCAGAUGCGGCUCAUCAAAGAAGCAACCGAAAGCACAACUUCAACCCGGGGCUCAGAUGCCCUCAGAACAUGCUGUUGUUUAGAUCUGAAAAGCAAACUUGGACAUAUGAUCGGCUUGUUCUAAACAGCGUCUAUUUAGAAAACACUUGUUCGUUUCUCCUCCAUCAUAGUUUGGUGUUGUAUACACAGAGGAGCCCCUCCCAGUGAAGCAGCCUCCGAGUCUAUAUAUUUAUCAUGACUCAUCCUGGAGCAUCUUUUCACUCUUUUCAUGGCUAUAAGCCCCUUUCUUAUAUGAAUGCAAGUUUUUGAGCUGAUAUUUUAAUUGCAUAUGAUAUUGUGAAGACUUGAAGAUUUGAGACUGGGUCAGUGAGAUGGAUCUCCUCAGGCUGGUACUAUGUCUGACUCUGGUGGCUCUGGUAAAAACCAAUGAGUGGUGUUACACUUGUGACCAUCACACACCGUCGCAUUGGGCAGAAAUAAAUGGAUCUCACUGUGGAGAACAUCACCAGUCUCCAAUCGAUAUUGUCACCAGCAUUGUUACCACUGACCCAAAGCUGGAUAACUUCACCUUCGUCAAUUUCUCCUCUCAGCACUCCAUCAGGACAAUCACCUUCAACGGACACUCAGUGCAAUGCGACAUGGAAGAUAAUGAAGUUGAAGUGAGUGGAGGUGGACUCAGCGGUCAGUAUUCUGUAAAGCAGUUUCACUUCCACUGGAGUAAGGAUGGCUCGGGUUCAGAGCAUUUAGUAGAUGACCAUAGAUACACGAUGGAGAUGCACAUAGUCACUGAAAAAAAAGAUGUUCCUGGAGGGGAUGUUUUAUCACACAAAGAUGGAAUUGCUGUUCUUGGGUUUUUCAUAAAUGCAACCGAAGAGAAUGAAAUGUCUGAGCCGUGGCAAAUGCUCACAUCGUACCUGGAAAAUAUCACAGGAAACAACCAUACAGCGGAACUAAACCACAACAUCUCCCUCAGUGAUCUGAUCGGGCAUGUGGACCUCUCUAGGUUCUACCGAUACAUGGGAUCUCUGACUACACCUAUGUGCGAUGAGGCUGUCGUGUGGACGCUCUUUCAAGAGCCGAUCCAAGUCCACAAAGAUCUGCUUCAGAAAUUUCCAGAGAAGACAGGACUCUCAUUUAACUACCGACCUUCACAAUCUCUUAAUGGUCGAAAAAUCACUGCCUCCCCUGCAACUCCUCUUCCUGAAGUUCAUCCAUGGUGCUAUGAUGAUCACCACUGUGAUCACACCCCGGAUCAUUGGUCCGAACUGCCUAACUCCAACUGUGGCGGUGAUAGCCAGUCUCCCAUCGACAUCGACACUCAAAGCGCCACGGCGGAUGAACACCUUACUUCCUUCAAUUUUAUUAAUUUCGACAACAACCGCGCCAUAAAGUCUAUCACCAACACAGGCCACACAGUGAAGUGCAUACUAGAGGAUGGUUUGGUGGAGGUGUCAGGAGGAGGGUUGGAACACGUAUACUCAACUCUUCAGUUCCACUUCCACUGGGGAACCGACGCAGCCGAUUCUGAGGGCUCAGAGCACACCGUGGAUUCACACAGAUACCCGAUGGAGAUGCACAUAGUGAACAAGAGGAAGGAUUUAACAUUGGAAGAGGCAGUGCAGCAUUCUGAUGGCCUGGCAGUCUUGGGAUUUUUUAUUGAGGCUCCGGGGUCUUCCAAAAGUUCCUCCCACUCAGACACUGCAGGAACAGAGGCGCCGACGUCGACAGAAUCGACAGGAUCUAACAUGGAAGCAUGGAAAAAACUGACCCAUUACCUAUCAGCCAUCAAAAACAUCAGUUCAGAAGUUGAGGUCACGGAGGAGAUCGCUAUCGAUGACUUGCUUGGCAACGUGAACCGUGAAUCAUAUUUUCGCUACAGUGGCUCCCUCACCACGCCUUUGUGCAACGAAGCGGUGAUUUGGACAGUCUUUAAAGAAACAGUUAAGGUGGACCACGACCUGAUGGCGAUGUUCCCGACAAACGCAGGAUAUCACGAUGUCUUCCGACCCAGGCAGUCGCUUCAUUCCAGGAAGGUCUAUACCACGGCUGCAGCCACAGUCCCUGGACCCGUCCUAUUUUCUCUGCUGCUGUCAUGUCUCUGCGUGCUUUUCUUUUAAUAUCAGUCAUAAAAUAUAGAGUUAAAAAUGUAUGCUUGCAAAACUGAAUGUAACGUUUCAUCAUCAUACUAUUUGAGUGACACUAAGUGCCUGAGAGGUGGAACAUGAUUUUGAAAUCCAUGUUUCAUUAAAAUGUCUGCGUGUCUACAAUUUAUUUUUAUGAUUUUGUUGUUUGCACAGUGAAUAGAAAUGAAAUUUUUUAGUUUCUUAAAUCUGUAAAGCAGGUUCUGCGUUGUGUAUUAUUGUUUUAAAUGCUGUUAUACAAUUUUUGUUAUUAAUAAAUUAACAAUAAAAUUAAUAACUAUUAGUACAA